AUGCAGUCAUCACGCUCCCUCGCGCACGCCAAGCCGCCGAGGUCAGCCCACGCGCGCUCCCGCUCCCAGCUGGCCCAGGUGCGCCCGGAUCCCAGGCAAGAUUUCGAGUUCCACUUCGACUUCGACUUCUCCUCCGAGGCCUUCUGCUUCGACAUGGACGGCGACGCCGGCGCCACGAAGGCGGCGCCGGUUCUUGCCGGGUUCGACAAGGUGAGGCUCAGCAUUGCGUCCAGCGAGGACGACGACGACGAGGCGCCGCCCAGGUGCUCCUUCUCCGGGGCCAGCCACCCGCCGGAGCCGGUCGACGCGGUGGACCCCGCGUUCUCGGCCGCGGACCGCGGGCGCCCGGCGGCCAAGCCGGUGAUCGUGUGGGACGCGUCUCCUCCCGUGAGCGGCGCGGCGAGCCCGCACAGCACCACGGGCGACAGCUCCUCCGGUGGCACGGCGGCGGCCACCGCCACCUGCACCAGCAUGGCGCCCAGCUGCACCGUCACCAGCCAGAGCGCCAAGACCAGCGUCUGCAGCAGCGGGGCCAGCGACUGGAGCAGCGGCACGGCCAGCGCCGGGAGCGGCGGCGCGGGAGGGAAGCCGCACAAGGGGGGCGACCCGAGGUGGAAGGCCGUCCUGGCGGCUCGCGCGCGGGAGGGGCCCCUCGGGAUGGGGGACUUCCGGCUCCUCCGCCGGCUCGGCUGCGGCGACAUCGGAACCGUGUACCUCUCCGAGCUGAGCAAGGGUGCCGGCGGCGGCGGUGCCGCGAGGGCGACGUGGUUCGCGAUGAAGGUCAUGGACAAGGCGUCGCUCGAGAGCCGCCGGAAGCUCAGCCGCGCCGAGACGGAGCGCGAGAUCCUGCAGCUGCUGGACCACCCAUUCCUCCCCACACUGUACGCCCACUUCGAGACCGACAAGUUCGCAUGCCUCGUCAUGGAGUUCUGCCCAGGCGGCGACCUCCACGCCCUCCGCCAGCGCCAGCCCGGCAAGCUCUUCCCGGAGCACGCCGCGAGGUUCUACGCCGCCGAGGUGCUCCUCGCGCUGGAGUACCUGCACAUGCUCGGGGUGGUGUACCGAGACCUGAAGCCGGAGAACGUGCUGGUCAGGGACGACGGCCACAUCAUGCUCUCCGACUUCGACCUCUCCCUGCGCUGCGCCGCCUCGCCGACGCUCUUCAGACCAUCCCCGCCGUGCAGCACCUCGGGGCCCAACGGCGCCUGCAUCCAGCCCACCUGCUUCAUGCCCAAGCUCUUCGGCCACCGGAGCAGCAAGAAGAGCGCCUCCAGGUCGUCCAGGACCGGCGAGCAUCAGCAGCAGCAGGGCGCCAUGCCGGAGCUCGUGGUCGAGCCGACCGGCGCGCGGUCGAUGUCGUUCGUGGGCACGCACGAGUACCUGGCGCCGGAGAUCAUCAAGGGGGAGGGCCACGGCAGCGCCGUCGACUGGUGGACCUUCGGCGUGUUCCUGCAUGAGCUCAUGUACGGCAAGACGCCCUUCAAGGGGCAGACGAACCGGGCCACCCUGUUCAACGUCGUCGGCCAGCAGCUCCGGUUCCCGGACGGCGGCCCGCCGACGAGCGGCGCCAGCAGGGACCUGAUCAAGGGCCUGCUGGCCAAGGAGCCCCAGGCCCGGCUCGGCGUGAAGAGGGGAGCGGCCGAGAUCAAGCAGCACCCCUUCUUCGAGGGCAUCAACUGGGCGCUCAUCCGGUGCAGCACGCCGCCCGGCGUGCCGAGGGCCGUCGAGCCCAUCGCCGUCGCAUCAGCAAUGCCGGCGAAAUCGGCGUCGAUGGACAGGGUGCAGACGAAUUACAACAGCAGCAAGAAGAUGCCACCAGCAGGAGGAGAUCAUGUGGAAUCCGGAGGGAAGUUCCUCGACUUCGAGUUCUUUUAAUUACCAUUAGGGAGCCUGAGUUUGUAGACUGAAAUUGUAUCGUGUCCAGUUGUGUUCUUAACCUUAGAUACUUGCUGUGCUCUGAGCUGCAGCUGUAGUUGCAUAGUGUCAGCAUUUGCCAGCGACAUACAUGACCAGUUUAAUUCGAAUCUUGUAUGUUCGCAUGCUAAACCCGAGC